AUGCACAAGUGGGAGACACUAAGAAACCCAACUAAGCAUAUUGAGAGAGUCAUUAGCACACAUUCAUCUCAAGAAGCAGCAAAUCACCGACUUCGGCUUAUUGCUACUAUAGAAGGUGUAAGGUUGUUAGCCAAACAAGGAUGUGCUUUUAGAGGGAAUGAUGAGUCGGCAGAUUCAAUUAAUCGUGGAAACUUCGAUGCAGUUUUGAGUUCAUUUGGAAGAAUGAAUCUAGAAGUUCAAAGGGUGUUUGAUAAUGCUCCUGGAAAUGCCAAGUAUACUUCUCCAUUAAUACAGAAACAAAUUGCAAAUAUAUUAGGCAACAAAGUUAGAGAGAAGAUUCGAGAUGAAGUUGGAUCAGCCAAAUUUUGUAUCUUGGUUGAUGAAGCGGUUGAUGCAUCUAGUAAGGAGCAAAUGGCUAUCAUACUUCGAUUUGUUGAUUGUCAUGGGUUUAUUAGAGAAAGGUUUUUCAAAAUUCUUAGUGUUGCAGACACUUGUUCUCAGACUUUCUAUUCUGAGAUAUCUAAAGUCUUUACUCACAAUGAUCUUCAAAUAGAAAAUAUGUGUGGUCAAGGAUAUGAUGGUGCUAGUAACAUGCGGGGUGAAUUUAAUGAUUCUUCUGCAAAGAGACAUUCAGCUUUGAAAGCUACCAGAGAAGAAGAGAUUGCAGAAUUAAUGGCUGCUGGCAAACUUCAGACAUGUACAGGGGCUAAUCAGGCUUGCACUUUGGAACGAAAAGGUGUUAGAGCUUGUGAACAGAAUAUUACAAAUGAGCAUUAUUAUCGGGUCAACAUACUUAAUGCUGUAAUAGACUUCCAGUUGGCAGAGUUGGAUAAUAGAUUUCCAGAUGAUUCAUUGGAGCUCCUUGUUCUUAGUGCUACAUUGGAUCCUCGUGAUAAUUUUGUUGAAUUCAGAUCAGAAGAUGUUUGCAAUCUUGCUUUGAAGUUUUAUCCUGAGGAUUUUACAUCAUAUGAUUUGUCAACUCUAGAUAUGGAGUGUGGGUUUUUUGUAGCAGAUAUUCUAGUUGAUCCAAGAUUUGUCAACACAUCUUCUGUGUCCGAUUUGUUUCGGUGUUCCUGGAAUGGAUUUGGAAAAGGUGACAGAAACGGCAACGACGUCAUCGGUUUGAAAGAGGAAGAGCUCAAGCUUGCUUCUUUUUCAAAAUAG